AACUGAUGUCAAAGCAAAUCUUCUCGGCCAGAGAGUGAUUACAGACACACAGGGACGCUCACAAUCGCCGGCUCGACGCAAAAAGAACAAGAGGAACAUUCCCAAGAUUUGUUUACCUCUGAAAGGUAGAUUUAUGAACCUGAAUGACCGUGGUACAUUUAAUACAUGUUUAAUUGAUUUACAGUUUAUUAAGAAGUAAUAGCCUCUGUCGUGCCACUAACAAAGGACACUAGGAGAGAGUUUUGUUUAUUUCGGAUGUUUAUUUUUUGUAGUUUUCCUGGAUAAUUUAUCUACAACUUCUAACAAGAUAUAAAUAUUCAUUCUGACGGUUGAUUCCUUCUACAGUAAAUAGUCGACGCGAUUUGAGUAAUAAAAGAGUUUCUUUUGCGUCAUUUUCGCGGGUUUUUGUGCAUUUCGUGCGCAAAAUGAUGCGGAUACCCAGAGGGAUUUCUCCUUCUUCUGGAAGAGGCGCAGUAUCUGGACUAUCUUGCCCACAAAAGAAAAUGUUCUCCGCGGUGAGGACGGAUUUUUUAAACCCGGGACUCGCAAGCCCACUGAUGAAUUCGGUACCGACUGGAUACUUAACUCAGAUCGGGAACACGACAGCUGCAGAGCAGAGACCCAACUGUUUGUACGCGACCCCCCACGGGCCAGAGCCUACCGUGCGGACCUCUUCCGGGCGGUUACCGGCCAAGAGGAGACUAGAUCUGGAAGAGCCACUUUACUUCCCAGAAUUCCGCACACCAAAAGGGAAAGGAAACUCUGCAUAUGCAAGGGCACCAAGCCCCAAAACUCCCAAGUCUCCAGGUGAGCGCACCCGUUAUGACACUUCACUUGGCCUGCUGACUAAAAAAUUUGUGGGCUUGCUGAGCGAGUCGGCGGACGGGGUUCUGGAUCUCAACUGGGCCACAGAAGUUCUGGAGGUUCAGAAGAGACGCAUCUAUGACAUCACAAACGUUUUAGAGGGUGUGCAACUCAUCCGCAAGAAAUCCAAAAACAACAUCCAGUGGCUGGUCAGUGGUGUGUUUGAGGGCUCAUCUAGCAAUUCAGAAAAGACGAGCACUCUCAAGAAAGAGCUUUCUGAGCUGGACAGGCAGGAGAAAGCUCUGGAUGACCUCAUUCAGUCCAGCUCAACACGGCUACGUGAACUGACAGAGAACAAGGACAACCAAAGAUUAGGAUAUGUGACAUAUCAGGACAUUCGUACCAUAAGCAGCUUGAAAGAUCAAACUGUGAUUGCUGUGAAAGCACCAUCUGAAACCAAACUGGAAGUUCCAGAAGCAUCUGAGGGCUUGCUGCAGAUUUACUUGAAAAGCAAGAAUGGCCCAAUUGAGGUGUACUUGUGUCCUGAUGAAUGUUUGGAGGACGCUAGUCCCGUCAAGAAUACCACACCCAGAAAAGAUUACCCACAAACCCCCAGUGCCACCACACCCUCUGUCUUCCCACCUGCCAAACCCCAGCCAGUUGAAGGUUUGUCAUCAAAGCCUCAGCCAUCGAUGACUACUAGCAACUCCCUGCUCGAUGUGGAGGGGAUCCUGGAUCUUCCUCCCAGCCUUCUCCAGAUCACCGAAGACCAGCUGCCUGGGAUGGCAUUCACAUCUGACACUUCUGGGCCUUUUGUUAACUUUUCUCCUCGGCUCAGCCACGACGACUACCUCUGGGGUCUGGAGGAUGGAGAAGGCGUAUCUGACUUAUUUGACGCAUACGAUCUGGGAGAUCUGCUUAAGACAUGAGUUAUCCAAUGUGAUGAAACAGUGAUUGAUGAUGAGAGAGUUCAGUUAUUCGGUAAUUAGUUUAAUUCAGACAUUGAUCCUCUGAAGUUUUACAACACUCCUUCACAUAAUGACAGAUUGAAGUUUGUAUAAAAUGCACUACUGAAUUGGCUGAAUCAGUUCUGUUCCUGAUAAAGACAGUAGAUUUAGGAUGGGACCGUGUCUUAAUGUUUUAACAACUAUAGCGAUUAGAAUCUGACAAUAUUUUGUCAACAAGCGCCCUCUAGAGGAGAUCCAUGUGUAAGGUUUAGUACACUAUGAAGCCAUACUUUAUUUCUGUCAGCCAUAUUACCUGAAGUAAGGUAUUUUUGCUUAGUUGAGAUUUUUGACAAAAAAAAAAAAUGAAUUUUCAUUCAGACUUUAAUUAUUUAAAUUUUAAGUUAAAUGUUUGCCAAUUGGCAAUGUUUUUGUUCAUUAUUACUUGAAUAUUGAUGAUAAAAUCAGGCCUAUGUAUUUGCCUUUUUUAGAUAUGAGGUAGAAUUUACUGUUUAUUAGUAAUUCUUGGAUGAGAUGUAUGGAACUCAGGUAAUUUUAAAGCUUUAAUUAUUGUAGUACCACCAAACAUUGCCAGUAGAGGGCUGUGUGACCAUUUUUAGCUGUAGGCAAACAAAGGUGCUUCUGCACAAAUGUAGAGAAGUGAAUUGUUAUAGAGUAAAGAUUUGAGAGUGUGUAUGGGAGGCAUCUUCAUAACCAGAAGCAGCUGAACCAAAAAUCUGAAAAUCUCUUCUAAAACAGUCAUUCAGAUCCUUUCAGUCUGGAAAAAGUGCUCAGAUUUUUAAGAAAUAGGUGCUUGUCUGUUCAUUCUACCUCCAUCUUUUAGUUUUAGAAACCAUGAGGUAAUACCUUGAUCUUGUUAAAGUGGCCUUUCCUUUGGCACUGAAUAAUGAUUUUGUAGGCUCAAGAAACAAGGUUUUUACUGCUCACACAUCAGUUAUUGAGAAACCUCAGGGAAUGUCCAGAUUUGGCAGCUGAUUUUUUUUUUUUUUUUUUUUUUUUUAACAUUUCCAAAUGAUUCAUUCAAAGUGAUAAAUUGGUGUGUUUUUUUCCUAGUCUGUUUGAUGUCUUCUCUCAAUUUUCCUCAAAUUACGGUAAUGGAGUUCUCAGGGAUGACUACUUCACUCGGAAUAGUUUACAGACUUUUAAUGGGGUCUGGCAGAAAACCUUUGAUACUGUUUGAACACUGAACUGCUGGGAAUACAAAGUGGACUUUGUUUCCAGGGUGUUUUUUUUUUUUUUUUUUUUUUUUCUAUUUGGAGUUAGGAUUCCUGUCCCACCUGAAUGGUAGGUUUUCUAGCUGCAGAGACAAAGCAGAAUUGAACUGUUUUGAUCUGGAGUGUCUAGAAAUACACUUACUGAAAACACCCAUCUUAAAUGCAGAGCACAUAUGGGAUGGGAUUCAGAAUGGAAAAGCUUGAUUUCCCACACCCAGUUCUGCAGUGAAAAUAAUUCUUCUGAAGCAAACAUUUCUUAGUCAGACUAAACAACAAAAUGUUGCAUUUAGUAGUAUUCUGGAAACCUGAUAAGGUUGAUUCAGCAUGUUAAGGGGUUGGGAUGGGUUUAAGAGCAUUUGUUAAUUUUAAUAAUUGAUUAAUUUAAACAUACCUUUUGAUGUGUGUACAAAAGUUUUACCUGGGGUUUGAUUCAUGCAACUGUCCCACAUGCGGACAACUGUCCUGUCCUAACAAACUUGAAAAAUGUGUCUAUAUAUGCAUGAGUGUGCUGAAGUGUGUAUUAAUUUUUGGCAGUUUUGUGCAUUUUGAUUGUAGUUUAUAGUUGUUUUUUUCUCAUUGUUUGGGAUGUUUUAAAAUAAGCAUUAUGUUUUUAAAUUGUACAUAUUAAUAAUUUUGUAUUUAUAUAGGUUUUGUAUUUGAAGGAAAUUGGAAAUUGUCUCAGGAUGUGUCAUUUUUAUAGACCGUCUGUUUAACAGUCAGCACUUAAUAUUUGAUAUUGUGGUUAAAUUAAUAAAGCCCUGAUGCUCAAAGUUG